GGUUGGACAGCUGAAUGGAGCCUUCGUAGCAGCUGGCAUGCACGCAGCAUGCAUGCACAAGGCGGCUGGAUUGUUUUGACGGCUAAAUAGACAAAACAAAUUUGCCUCCGAAACGUGCUUUGCAUCCACUUGAUCUCCAUCUGCGUGACACUUUUGUUAGUUUUUUUUUUGCUAUAGCACCUUGUUGAUUCUGGCUGGGAGAUAAGAUGCACCACGAACCGAAGAAGAUGAGCGAGGCUCACUUUUCGGGCUUGCCGUCGCAGAGCAACAUCUACGGAAUGACAACUUUGAACAUCGGCGAUGUCAACAAAGUCCUGGUAUCGUGCCUACAGAGGAACGUGUUUUGCGUCGAGUACACCAGGAACAAGAAGAACAUGCUCACGCCGUCGUCGAGGGAGAUACAUUUCACGUAUCUGCCGGAGGGAGCGGACGUGAUUGCUAUCGACGCUUUCAGCAAAUCUGUGCCUGACAACUUGGACAUCAUCAUCGGAAUCGCCUUCAUAAGGCCGGGCGAAAACCAGCUGCAGAGGCACUACCUGAACAUCUACUCCCAGUCCGAGCCUGGGUGUGGCCUCGAUCUGGACAGGAUCGCACAGGGCUGUCAGAGUUUGGAGCUGAACUUCAUUCCGUAUCAGCUGACCCACGCAUUGUUGUUUCCAAAUCGAACCAACCGAAAGAACGGAGAGUUUGUGUUUUUGCUCUGUGGGAGCGACUCCAGGAUCCAUCUAUACCAGGAGGAUGUUCAUCAAAGCUACACCGAAGUGCCUGUCAACAUCCAUUUUCCGGAGUUUGCUGAUGUGCAGGACAUCGUUCUCAUGAUGUCGCUGAAAUACGUUGAAAACGAGACUAGCCGCCUGUCGGCCAUUGGCUGCGAGAGCGGCCUCGUCCAAGUCUCUGUAACGACAUUGAAUGGAAACGAAAUCCAGGUGGUGUCAUCUUGGAAGGUGGACCUCGACUCUCCUGUCUCCGCCGUGCAGUUCUUCGAGGACGGCGUUUUCCUGCCGAUCCCCGAGUUUCUCGAAAACGCUGGCAUCAAGAAAAUUCAAGAUGACUCCACUGAAAGCUCCAGAACUCAUCUUUUGGUUGGGACCACUCUGGGAACGUCAUUCAUUUACCGAGACAUUCUUUCAAGAGGUUUCGACGCAUACGCCACACUCCCGUGCAGUGACCAGUUCGACUCCGUCACCUGCGGAUGCAUCGCAGACAUUGACAUGGAUGGGGAGAACGAGGUUAUCCUUGGCACUUACGGCCAGGAAGUACUCGUGUACAAGUUGGAGCGCUUUCCAUCGGGCAAGGAAGCUUACGCCCUCUUGUGGCAGCAGACGGUGUCGCACCCCAUCCUCUCGCUGCACUACCUGGACAUCAUGGGAGACGGUGCCUGCGAGCUUCUCGUCCUUUCCACCAAGGGGCUCCACAUACUGCAGCAUGACCUGCAGGAAACUGCUCGAAUCUGCGUCGACAGGAUUAACAGGAUACUGGAACUGAUGACCAACAAGCCCCAGGCGGAUACCGAAGAAGAGCGCCCAGAUCCCCCAGUUUAAAAAAUGUAAGUUUAAUGUCGUGCAAAACUAUGUUACAAGAUGUCAAAACGAAAAAUAAAAUAAAAUCCUUCCGUAAGAAGGGAAA